GAAUGGAAUUGUUAGUGGUAUUUUGGACUGUAUCCUGAGUACUGGAAAUUUGUAUGUUUCGAAGUCCUUACCAUAACAAUUGCAACAUGCCUGGAAAUGCAAGACCACUGGCCUUACACGCCCUCAACCGCAAGCUGCGCGACAGGACCAUAUCAAGGAGAUAGGAGAAAGUCACCGUUGCCGUCAACAAUCUAAACGAAGAGGGGAGAAGGAGGAAACGAGCUAUGGUUGGGAUUUCCCUCACAUCGAAAAUUUAUGCUCCCUUAUGAAUACCACAUAAGUCUGCAUCGCGGUAUAGUACUGUAGUAUGUAUACUGUUCUUACUAUGUAUAUCUGAAACCUCACGCACUUACACUCUCGCUAUCUUCCCCCGGACCCUUAUUCCCUUGGCAUCAAGGACCUUGGGGUCCAAGGACUUGGCUCAAUCGCUUGUGCUUAUGUAUCUAAUUUUCAUGGGCAUUUUCUGGCUCUUCACAAUUCAAACAACAUGCUGCGUGAGAUAUUCUUGCUACUGAUAUGUGCAGCAUGGAUAGAUUUCGCCAUUCGUUUCUCUCCACAGAUCGAGCAAAUCGUUCAUAACAUUGUUGCGCACACUACUACCUUUUUUCACGACCCAGUGCCAUUUUCUCUUCACUAUGAAGAAGAACAUACUCAUCUGCUUCAGAGUAUUCAGCGAUCCAGUGGAAAAUGGGACUCGUCCCACCCUCGACAUCGCUUGUUAACUGCGCUGCAUGGAUAUGCAAGAUACAAGGACAGAAACUUGGCGGAAGUGGAUCGAUGGAGGAAACUUUACAAAAGUGUUCCUAAGCGCCAGCGAUUAUUGCUCGAAUCGACCACCCACUACACGCGUAAACUCAACACAAUCGAUCAUCUCGUGGACACAAACGACAAUCUCGCUAGAGACAUUGUGAAUUAUGGCCUACGGUUCUAUAAUAUCAGUCAGUUUGAGCUGGACGAGUUCAUUGGAGAAAAUGAAGCCCAGCGCCGGUCCGCUGAUCGGACUAGCGUCUCUCAGGGAAUUAAGCAUUUUGUGCGCGAUUGGGCAGAUGAGGGCCACGAAGAGCGACAGCAAUCCUUUGAAUGCAUUCUGAAAUCCCUUGCACAGGCACCGCGAACGAGCAGUGAACCUCUACGAGUGCUGGUGCCCGGAGCUGGUUUGGGACGACUAGCGCACGAGGUUGACAAACUUGGGGGUUUCGAGGUCAUAAUGAACGAGUGGUCGAUGUACAUGAAUCUGGCAUACCGAUAUCUAUCCAGUCUAUCCGACCCCGAUAGCGUAGCGUUCCACCCGUAUAUCGACUGGUGGUCUCACCACGCUCUGACGGCCGAUCUCCAGCGCUCCGUUACAUUCCCAGACCAAGUGAUCAACCAGUCCUCUGUCAUACUCAUAGAGGGAGACUUCACCACAGCUUUUGCCAAACACACCGGCCAAUACGAUAUAAUCGUGACCUUAUUCUUCAUCGACACCGCGCGGAACCUCAUCUCAUACCUCGAGACUAUCCACCAGUUACUCCGUCCUGGUGGGCGUUGGAUCAAUCUAGGUCCGCUAUUGUAUGGCACUGCGCCAUUUGUGCAGCUAUCGCUGGAUGAAAUUGUGGCGUUGAGUGCACGAAUCGGGUUUGAGUUCCAGGAGACAGAUGCUAAGAUUGGGAAUAUUACAAUACCUGGCUUGCCAGUGCGAGGGUUUGAGGUGGCAUAUGGUCGAAAUGGCCGGGGGUUGAAUAAGAAUGCAUAUCAGGCGCAGUAUUGGGAGGCUGUUAAGCGCUAAAACAGGACUGGGAUAAUGGAGUAUGAUAUUUUUGUCUGAAUUCAACUUGGUUGGCCAGGAAUAGGGUCGUGGAAGGAACCUCAUAUAACCGAGCACAGGAUGUCAACACACAGAGCCGGUCAAUCUUAAUCUCUCAAUGAAACAAAAUCCUCAAUUCAGACCCUUUCCAAGACUUUUUGAGAACCUUGGG